CUCCGGUACGAUCGAAACCAAGCGCGCCACGAUGACACUUCCCAGCUAUUUGAACUUUACCAACAACAUCCGAACGCAUGCAACGUUUGUGGGAGUGCUGCUGGCACUGGACGCGAUCAUUACCCUGCUAAUGAGAGCCGCCUGGGACGUGAAACCCGAGGAUCUUCCGAAAGAGUUACAACAUAUAGCGCAUUUGAAGGAUGUCCUGCUAGCGGUGGGCAUCGUGAACGCACUCGUCACCAUCAUGUACUGGGUUGGAUUCCUCAAGCGUGUGCGAUGGUGCCUGACGGUGUUCAUCGGCUUUAUGGCGGUAGUUAUCACACUACAGUUCAUAGGGCUUCUCGGUGCGAUGCUGCAGCUGAACAUCAUCAGUGCGUGUGUAAUGCUGAUCGUGCUUGCCGCCAACGCUUACGUGCUGCUGGUGACUCUUCAGCUGCGCCAAGUUAACUCCAACUUCACGGUACCGCAGGACGGAUUCAGUGUCUAAUAAGCCGACGAAUGUAGCUUCGCGCAGUAUUGUGUUGCAGAGCACACCGAAUCAUGAUCCGCGCAACUUCCGCGUGCGUACAACUAGCGUAAAGUGUCAUAAUAAGUUGUGUGUGUGUGUGAGUGUUUUUUAUAGCAUUUUAGUAGCUUAAUACGUGCUGUACUUCUCCGUUUUGCUCACCCAAUAAUCAGAGCCUUGCCCA